UCCACCGUACCAGCACCUGGACCCGUGGAAAAUUUUAUUACAGACACAUCGAGUUCUAAUUCGUCGGUGCACACUCCAGCGCAACCCCCAAUUCAACCUCCAGAUUCCAUUAAAUCGGACCCAGUGAUUCCAUUAGCAGCUGAGCCUCUAGUUCCAUCACGUCGGUCUUCUCGACUCACCAAACAACCCAAUUAUUUGGAAGAUUAUUAUGUUGGGACCGGGCUUCCUUCUCGCUCAACUAAAUACUUAACCUUAGCAUUGGUCAGAUCG